AUGUCAGAAACUAUGGAAAUGGUAGCUUCUUUUACAAUUAAAGAAGCCUUCCAGCAAUCGACUGACAUGAAAGCCAGAGCACAAUUUAUUGAGGAUAAAUUCAAUGACUACCUAAAGAAAAGUGUUCAAUUCAAAGAUUACCAUAUUCGAUGUGUUAUCCUGGAAUUAUCACCCGAAUUAGAAAAAGAUCUAUUUGAAUAUGAACCAGAUGAUAAUUAUUUAUUCAGUGCUUUUAAAAUGGAUAAUCAGUUUAUCUUGUUAGGAGAUCAGAGCCGUAGAAUGCCUUUUCCAUGA